AUGUGCGCCGCCGUCUGCGUGGUGGUCACGGUGCCCACCGAGGCCGAGGAACUGAAACUGGACGCCAGUUUGACCAAGCCGUUGGCCAGCACCUCAUAUUGCGCCAGCUGCGGCGGCUGGGUGAGGAGCUGGUGCCCAGAUGCGCCGAGUGGCGGUCUGUGCGAGCGGUGUGGCCGCUUGAGUCAGAUAGCCGGGAGCAGUGUGCAUCCAAUGGAGUCGAGCACUACGCCAGCGCUUAGGAGCCAGAGCAGGGCCCUGCAGCUGCCCAAUCUUGGGGAGGACGCGCCUUUGGAGCAGCUCUUGAGGGCCAUUGCCCAGGAGCUGCGCUUGGAGGACGUCUUCUGGUCGCACGACAUCAGCGGGAGGCAGCUCCAGGCACGCUUCGACCUGCUGCAGGAUGAGCGCUACGAGAGAUUGCUGUGCACGCUGCAGGAGUGGGGCGUUGGCGAGCGAGCCGGCACCCAUGUGUCCGCCCUCACCUGCCUGGAAACGCGGGCUAGGCCCGGCCAGCAGCUGCCCAGACAGCACCUUGACGAAGUCGUGGAUCAGCAUCAGCAUCCGCAUCAGCAGCAGCAGCAGCAGCAGGAGCAGCAGCAGCAUCACGAGCAGGGCCAGGGCUGGCAGAGCUUCAUGGACUCGGUAAGAUGUAGGCUGAAUGUGAACCAGGUGGUGCGCCAGGUUCGACGGGAUGCCACCCUGACCUUUGACUUCGUGGUGCUGCUCAUGGCUGCCGCCCUGCUCUCGUGCGUGGGUCUCGUCGAGAAUAGCUUCCUGUUCCUCUCCAGCUCCAUGCUGAUUUCCCCCCUGAUGGGCCCCAUCAUAGCGGCCAUAUUCGGAUCGGUGAUCGGCGAUCGGGACCUGCGUUGGCUGGGCCUGAAGAACGAACUGCUGGGCAUAGCUGCGUCCGUGGCCAUUGGAUUCUUUUUUGGGGCCAUGGUCUGUGGCUUCGGGCACUUCUUCGCCAUAUCCACGGGUCUCACGGAGGAGAUCGUCUCCCGCUGCGACACCCACUCCCUGGCCAUCGGAGUAUGCACCGCCCUCGCCUCGGGGGCAGCGGGCGCCAUAGCGGUUCUGGGUGGCAAUACGGGCUCCCUGGUGGGCGUGGCCAUCUCAGCCUCCCUGCUGCCGCCCGCUGUGAACGCCGGACUUCUGUGGGCCCUGGCCAUCGGAGUCCACAUACUGCCGCCCGACCAUGAGCCCCUGGCCAGCCUGGCGAAGCACAGGCUGUACUCCUCGCAGCUCUCCGUUGAGCUGCUGGUUUGCGCCGCUGUCAGCAUGGGCCUCACCCUGCUCAAUAUCAUUUGCGUUUGGCUGAUGGGCGUGGUGGUUCUGCGGAUCAAGGAGGUUGCCCCAGCGGUUCAGCGGCAUCAGAAGUUCUGGCGCCACGACGUGCGCACAGCACGCGAGGUGGCGCUCCUGGAUCCAGCCCUGCAGACCGCCAUAGAUCGCCUGGACGAAUCGCAGCUGGAUGCGGACGCGCCGCACUACCAGCGCGCCUGGUCGACUGGCAUAGAUCGUCCGGCCGCCUCGCACACAGGAAUCGGAAGCUACGACAUUAACCUGUCCAGCAGCAAGGAUCCGCCGAACAACUACCAUACGGUACAUGGCUUCCAGGAGUUCUGCAUCACGCUGCAUCGCCUGAAGUCUGCGCCCAAGGUCCUCCCGCCGCCGACUAUAAUGGAGCUGUUCACUCGCCCGGCGCCGAGCUCCGACCAGACCAACACGGCGGGCAGUGACUUCAGCAGCUGCCGCAGUCUGCCGGACAUCGGCAGCCACUCCCGUCUCUGGCCACAUGGACCGUCCAGUGCCAUGAGCAUCCAGUGCCUGUUCGCCGGGCCUGGACCAACGGCAACUGUCCCUACGGAGGCGAGUCCGAAGGGGGAGCGCGAAAGGCGGAGUGUCCACUGGCGGGGGGAGAAACUGAAGGUCCUGAACAGCAGGGCGAGCAGUCCGCUCAGGCGGACCGGGCAGGUUCUGAUACCCCUGCCCAGGCUGGACUGCAAUUUCCCGGCGGAUCGCACCCUAAGCCUGUUGCCCUUCGGCUCGCCAAAGGUAGCGAGUCCCGACGAAGAGCAAGACGAGUUCCAGGCUUAGCACUCUGCCACUGUGCCAGCCCCAAGUCGCAUCCUUAAACCUAUUACCACCAGACGCCAGCCACCAGACGCCAUCAAGAGUUCCGCAAGCAUCCCAGAUGAAGUCCCGAGCUUCGUGUCCAGCACUGAUUACUCGCCGCUCCGGCGGCGGUGUCCUUGUUUGCCCACCACUUUAAGCCGCCAGCACUGGCGGUCGUGUAAUUUAAAAAAAUAUGUGUUUGCUAUGGCUGUGUAAAAAUUGAUGGAGA